CCAGCACAAGAAAAGUUUGUCCUAAUAUUCACUUUAUUAUUCAGUGUAUCUGAAAUUUUUAAACAGCUGGCUCGGAUGUCCUGCGGGGAAACGAGGUAAAUAAUAAUCAUAAUACAUUACUAUGACAACUCAUCUAGCAGGCAGUUCGUGCGUAUUUUGAUUCCGGGUAUGUUUCGCUGAAGUAGGAACCUCAGUGAGCUUCGCAAAAAGGUGUGUCAUUCCACCGUUAAAAACUCUGUGCUUCCAGUGCAUAGUCACUAAAUGCACGAGACAACGUAAUUAUUUAUGCGCUUUCUCAAAAAACUGGCCAUCAAAAGGGAGCAUGGCGGCAACGCCACUGUCAGAGUCGGAGAUCAGGCAGCGGUCUAUGGCAGAGGAGGAUCCGAACGGGAAUGAGCACGGGGCGGCUGCGCGCAGCACAGCGCCUCGCUGGGGACCGCAGCAUGCUGGGGCCAGACAGCUCGCCAAGCUUUACUCUCCGGGAAAGAGACUGCAGGAGUGGAUCUGUGUGAUUUUAUGCCUCUCACUCUUCGUUUUAAACUUCUACUUACUUCUCCUCAACUUUUCUACAAUACACAUCUUCAAAAUCAUCUUUGGCAUAGUGACUGGUAUCGUGACAGCAGACUUUGCCUCUGGGAUGGUACAUUGGGGGGCUGAUACAUGGGGCUCAGUGGACAUCCCAGUAAUUGGGAAGGCAUUUAUUCGUCCAUUCCGGGAGCACCACAUUGAUCCAACGGCUAUCACCCGGCAUGACUUCAUAGAGACUAAUGGAGACAACUGCAUGAUCACCAUCCUGCCUCUGACCCACAUGGCCUAUAAAUUCCUCUCCUACACACCAGAUGCCCUUGCAGAGUCCUACCCGUGGGAUUGUUUUGUUUUUGCGUUGGCGGUCUUUGUCACCAUGACUAAUCAGAUCCACAAGUGGUCUCACUCCUACUUUGGCCUGCCACGCUGGGUCACGCUACUGCAGGGCUGCCACCUAGUGCUGCCACAGAAACACCACCGGAUCCAUCAUGUGUCACCACAUGAGACGUACUACUGCAUCACUACAGGGUGGUUGAACUAUCCGCUGGACAGAGUGGAUUUUUGGCGGAGAAUGGAGUGGCUGAUCGAGAGAGUGACGGGUCAGAAGCCACGCUGCGAUGACCUGGCCUGGGCCAAGAAAACGGACUGAUCAGGAUAGCAGGACUGUACCCCUCCCUAAUCACCUCUCCCUCUGCCAAGGAGUGAAAAAACUGAAUAUUGGCUUUACCUUUGGACCCCAAACUUCUCUCUCUCUCUUAAUCUUCCUUUAACCUCCAUCUAACUCCAAACCCUCCACAGGACAGAACCACAGAUCACUCUUAAUGCUAGAGCCUUUAUCUGUCACUGAGGUCUGCUACGCACAAGCCAUCUCCCAUUCCUCUUCCUCUGGCUUCUUCCUCCUCGACUUUUUGUAGAUGUCCAAACAUAAAGACAGAAUAGCAAGACAAAGACUAUGUUAAAAUUGUGGGUUCAGACAGUUGGGAGGAUGAUAAGAGUGACACUUUAUGUUAAACUGUUCCUCACACACAGACUUGCAAUGCUCAAGAGAGGUAACCACGAUUUUCUCAUUUCAGUUUGUAAAAGGUAUGUUUUCUGGAGGUUGGGCUCUCCAAAAGACCAAAACCAUGUUGUGAUUUCACAGCAUGGUUUUCAUGUGGAGUAAGAGAUGCAAUUAAAUGUGGAUUUGAUUUUGGAGUCAGAUCAGAAACCGUGAGAGAAGAUUAAUCACGGGCGAAAACGCUUUCUCCUGGUUAAAAUCAGAUUCACAAAUGCACGUUAGAAGUGAUGUGUUGUCGCCAUAUUAAAACCCACCCUUUUGGUUUGGAUGGAAGAAAGCAUUGAGAAUCCACUUCUCACUGAAGGAUUUAAAACACAGGGAAAGGGUUUUGUUGGCCAACCUGCAUGGUUAGUGCUCAGUUGACCAACAUGAAUGUUUUCCCUGAAUGUCUCUUACUGAGCUCAUUUUGGCCAUACUUGCAAACCCAUUACACUUAUUUCUCAUCAGCUUACCGGGGCUUAGUGGCGAUGAACAUUGAUUGCGUCUAUGGUGUGUUAGUGUGACGUUAUUGAUAUUUGUAGUAUUAGUCUAGCUGGUAAUGUCCUCCUGUAUCCUGUGGUCCAACGGUUUAGCAAAGGUUAUACUAGCAAAAGAUCACUUGUAAAAAAGGUCAGUUUGAAUCUGAAUUUUAAGUUACUAGGCUUUAUUAAAGAAAAUCAUUAAUGAUUUAUUUUUAUUUUCUUAUUGAAUGAUAUUUGUUCUCUGUUUGACCAAUGAUACUUUUUUAUAUGAAAUUGGUUAGAAAAACAGCCAUAUAAACUCCCACAUUUCUCUCUCUCUCUCUCUCUCUCUCUCUCUCUCUCUCACACACACACACACACACACACUUUUUGAUUGUACUGUACAUUCAAAAAACACUUACACUCACACCUGAAUUCCUGUGGAAUUAUGGUAAAUGGAAAGAGUAAGGAAGCUUUCAUAGAGUGCUCUGUUUCAGUACAGUUUGUCUCAACAUCGUGUGUUUAUGUUAACAUAGGACAGCGGCAGCUCCAUAAUUUGGGUUUCAUUGUCCGGUUUUGAAUUUUGUUAUAUAUAUAUAUUACUACAGUAAUACAUUCAAGCCUUGUAUUUUUUCUUUCCAUCUUGCAGCUAAUGUGUGCUGCUAGUCUGCCUUAAACCAAUGUUUUUAUUAGCUGUAUGAAUGAAUAAAUAUUUAAUAAAUAACAUUUGAUAUUGUGUUUUUUGUCACUUGGGUAAUUUAAAAAAGUUUAAAACUAAGUAAGAAAGGACCGUUUUUGUUCUCUUGGUUGAAAUAAGACUGCAAAACAAUUAUAGAGCUUUGCAAAGGUAAUUGCACAGGAAAUCUGCA